AUGACGCUGAACCUCCCUCAAGUUUUUCUUUCUUCUUUGUUAUUUUCCCAUUUCCUAGUCAAUGCUCAGGACCGCACAACUGAACAGGGAGAAGCUGCUAUCACUGAUCCCGACCAGGAAUGUGCACCUUAUACUUACCCCCCUGUCGCGGACCAGAUGGGCUCUUUCCCUCCCCUUUGGGGACCUGCUUCUAUUCUUCCCGACGAUUCAGCUGCGCUUGCCAUGUGGAACUCAAUUUCGUCUAACAUUCCCACUAGCAUCGACACGAAGGUAGUCGCCCUUUUUUUGACACAACCUCCUCCGUCAGACUAUUCUUCUGACGAUCCGGACUGUUGGUGGACCUAUGAUCAAUGUACAACACCCAAACUAUCUGGCCUGCCCCCUGAUGUUGCCGAUGCCCCAGAACCUGCUACUUUAGGUUAUGGAUUCGACGAUGGUCCAAGCUGUGCACACAAUGUGUUCUAUGAUUAUCUUCAGAGCCAGAACCAAAAAGCGACAUUCUAUUUCAUCGGUUCUAAUGUUGCGAGUUCCCCUUUGGAAGCUCAGCGUGCUCUUACUGAGGGCCAUGAAAUAUGCGUUCAUACUUGGUCUCAUCCUUACAUGACAACGGUUGGCAGCGAAGACGCUUUUGCAGAAUUAUGGUACACUAUCCAAAUGAUAAAGCUCGCAGUAGGAGUAACACCUACUUGCUGGAGACCCCCUUACGGUGAUAUCGACGAUAGGAUCCGUGCGAUUGCAAAUGCACUGGGAUUGCAAACGAUCAUGUGGAAAUACGACACUGCAGAUGCUAGUGUAGACGGCACGACCAUCACCGACGAAACUGUAGAGACCAACUACAACGAUUUCCUUCAGACGGCCAACAGUGGAGCAUUCAAUUCUACUGGUGCCAUCCUCUUGACCCAUGAACUGAACAACUUCACUAUGUCAGAAGCAGUGAAAUAUUAUCCCCAGCUUAAAAGCGCUUUCCAGUAUAUCGUCCCUGUUGGAGUUUCUCUGAACAAGACACAACCCUAUCUCGAAACCAACUACUCACUUCCGACGUUCGAGCAAUACAUCUCCGGAACUGUAACAACCACAGGAUCGCGAAUAUCGCCCAUUAACGGUACCUCCACCGUAUCUUCUUCUUCUUCCACAUCAGCGUCCUCCCGUCCUUCGAGUUCCGCUUCUUCCACGAACUCGAGCUCAAAUGGAGAAUCAGCUGCCUCCACAAACGCAGCUCAUCAGGCAAUGGAACUUGGUAGUGGUCGUACCUUGUUAGCAUUCUUUAUCAUGGCAUUCUCAUGCCACAUCUUCGGUUUUUGA